GGGCUCUGGGUUCAAAUCCUGGCUUGUCACCAACUCCAACUUGCUGAGUGACUUGGGCUCGUCACUUUCCUUCUUGGACUCUCAGUUUUUCCACCUCUGCAGGGAAAGUGUUGAGCCAAUGAUUUCUAAGGAUGGUUCCUGCUCUGAAACUGUGAUUUGGGGUCUAGGUUUCCACAGGGCAUUUGAGAAUCUGGCCAGGACCUGGAACUCUGAAAUGACAUUGGCUCUGGACUGGGCUUUCUGCUCAUCCUAACUCAUCUUUUCCCUAGUCCCAGGUCAUGCCGGGGGGCUGGGAGUGACCCCGGGCUCCCCGACAUAGCCCGGCAUCUGCUUCGCUCUCCCCCUUCCACGGCAUAUCCGGGCCGAGCACCAGGGCCCAGGAGGAACCGCAGAGCCAGGCCCCUCGACUCAGACCCAGAGGCAGCCAUGGGGGUCUGUGCCACUGAGAUUGACGCCAACGUCUCGUCUGGCCCCGAGGGCAACCUCACGGGCGUCACGGCCUUCUCCAUGCCCGCCUGGCAGCUGGCACUGUGGGCUGCAGCCUACCUGAUGCUGGUGCUGGUGGCUGUGAUCGGCAACGCCGCAGUCAUCUGGAUCAUCCUGGCCCACCGGAGGAUGCGCACAGUCACCAACUGCCUCAUCGUCAACCUGGCCCUGGCCGAACUCUGCAUGGCCACCUUCAACGCCACCUUCAACUUCGUCUACGCUAGCCACAACAUCUGGUACUUUGGCCGUGCCUUCUGCUACUUCCAGAACCUCUUCCCCAUCAUGGCCAUGUUUGUCAGCAUCUACUCCAUGACUGCCAUUGCCGCCGACAGGUACAUGGCCAUCGUCCACCCCUUCCAGCCUCGGCUCUCGGCCCCCAGCACCAAAGCAGUUAUUGCCGGCAUCUGGCUGGUGGCACUGGCCCUCGCCUUCCCCCAGUGCUUCUACUCCACCAUCACCCUGGAACAGGGUGCCACCAAGUGCGUUGUGGCUUGGCCGGAAGACAGCGGGGGCAUGACACUCCUCCUGUACCACCUGGCCGUGAUCGCCCUCAUCUACUUCCUGCCCCUGGUGGUGAUGUUCGUCGCCUACAGCGUCAUCGGCCUCACGCUCUGGAAGCGUGCGGUCCCCGGGCACCAGGCGCACGGCGCCAACCUGCGCCACCUGCGCGCUAAGAAGAAGUUCGUGAAGACCAUGGUGCUGGUGGUGGUGACGUUUGCUGUCUGCUGGCUGCCCUACCACUUCUACUUCAUCCUGGGCCACUUCCAGGAGGACAUCUACUGCCACAAGUUCAUCCAGCAGGUCUACCUGGCGCUCUUCUGGUUGGCCAUGAGUUCCACCAUGUACAAUCCCAUCAUCUACUGCUGCCUCAACCGCAGGUUCCGCUCUGGAUUCCGUCUUGCUUUCCGUUGCUGCCCGUGGGUCACGCCGACCAAGGAAGAUAAACUUGAGCUGACCCACACACCAUCCCUCUCCAGGAGGGUCAACAGAUGUCAUACUAAAGAGACCCUGUUCAUAACUGGGGACGUGGUGUCCUCUGAGACUACCAGUGGGCAGGCUGGGGGUCCCCAGCCCAUUGAGCCCGGAAGUGCUCUGCUUGCUGCAAGGCAAGGUCUUGCACCUUUGGAGAAGUAGCCAACUGAGAGGACAAGAUCUGCAAGUUAGGCCCAUUUCCCACCCUUCUCUACACUAAUGGCAAAACAAGACGGGGCCACAAGCCACGCAGAGAAUGCCAACUCUAAGUCCACUGACUCAGCCCAGCCACCCCUCCCCAAGUCUGCUCUGGGAGAUUCUACACCAGUCAGAGAAGACAGUGUGAGCUAACAUUUACUCAGUCCAAGAGCUGGAAGCUCAGAUGUCUUCCUGGAGCCAAGCAUACAAAAUAAAUGCAUGAAUAGGAUCAAGUAUUAAAGAAAAACUGCAAAUGUGUUGAUAAAAGGCAACUGACUCCCAGCCUCAGUGUUGGGGUAACAAAGAAUGGUGGGGACUGUGGCAAACUGGGAUAGAUAGGCAUCCAAAGGGGACAGCGGCGGUUCAGCUCUGGAUAAAUGUUACCACAUGGUAAUGGGAGCCCAUUGCCAGGUCUUCUAAUCUUUGAACAGAGGCUGGAAAUCCAAAUUUGGGAGGCCUUCAGACUUGUUAAAUUUGGCUCAUGUUUUUAUAACUUUAGAUAAGCCAAACAAAACACAUCUGUGGGCAGCAUGCAACAUUGACACUGGUUAAUUAUCAGGAAAAAGACACAAGGGAGGAAGCUUCUUGUUUUGCAAAGUCCAUUGGCUGUGAGUUAACCCAGGGCUUCUUGGCCUCAGCACUCAAGAACUCAGAUACAGCCCAGUGUAGACAGAGGCUAGGAAUCAGAAGGAACUGGACUGGAAUCCAAGCUGGGUUAUCUCAGGCAAAUCACUCUGACCCUUAGCCUCUUCUUCUGCCCAUUGGCAAAACGACCUUUUAGGAUGUUGUGAGGAUCCAUCUAGGCGAUGCUCAUAAACUAGCAGGCCAGACACAGAUUAAGCGCUCAAUUAACAGCAGACAUGAUUUUGAUUUCUACUAUGCCAGCCAUUUUAAACAAAAACCUUCUGCAUGUCAGCAACACAGCACCCACCCUCACUCCUGCAGUGAGAAGGCGGCAGGCAGAGAACCCCAACCAUCCCCACUCCCAGAAGCUCCCAGCCUGGCCCAGUCACCCCAAGGGUGGCCCCAGUCCCUCUUGCACACUUGUCCUUCAUGCCCCACGGCCCCUGCAGAAGAACCACUUAACACUGUAAAUGCACAUCAAGAAGUUUAAUGUUAACUGUGUUCUCCACAAAGAUCACUGAGCCAUAGACACUGGCCCAUUGGUGCCCCAAAUAA